AUGAUGGACCGCUUUCUCGUUGUCUGUCUGGUGACUGCCUGCUUGGCCAGCGGGGCUCACUCCCUGGUAGAGUUUACGAAUAUCAAGUGUAAAACUACGGAUAACCAGUUUGCAGACUUUGCAAUUUGUCAUUUGACUACUACUUACAAAUACGUUACUUACAAAUACGUUACUUACAAAUACGUUAGCGUAAAAGUGCGGCUCUUUAAAGUUCCGAUUACCAGAAUUAAGAUAAACUUGGGCUUAUACAAGCGACUUAAUGGCCUAAAGCCCUUUCUGUACAAUGUGACCUUUGACGGCUGCAAGUUCAUGCAAAGCAAAACUUCCAAUCCGGUUGCAAGAUAUUUUUAUGAAUUCGGCAAGGACUUUUCGAAUAUGAAUCACACUUGUCCCUACGAUCAUGAUCUGAUCGUGGAUAAGGUUUCCGCAACGGAUAUGAACCAUCGUAUAACCCGAGUCCUGCCCUUUCCCGAGGGCAGCUACAUGUUCCAAAGCGACUGGUAUGCACAGGACAUUAAGAGGGCUGAAGUUAAACUAUAUUUAACGCUGUCAUAA